AUGGCGAACGACUGUGGGAUCAGCAAUGGGGCUCCCAUGUAUGUGCUGAUGCUGGGCAGCUUGUCUUUCCGGCAGACUCAAAUUAUUGCAGCAGCGGCUGCUGGUGUUGCUGCUGAGGGCUUGUCACCACUAGAAGCUAAAGCAGAAGCAGAAAAUGCUGCACAUCUUUCAGUUGCUUUGGCUGAAAAUGCAAUUGUUAUUCUGAUGCUUGUAGAAGAUCAUUUACGUUUUCAAGGACAGCUAUUUGUUUCAGCCCGUGCAGCUGACAGCAUUGGGUCCCCUGCUUCUUUGACCUCAGCUACUAUUAGUCGCACAAAUUCUAUAGGUAGAACUGGUAGUGAACCUGUGGAUAAUAUUCCCUCGAAGAGGUCAUCAUUGUCCAGUGAUGCCGGAGGUCUUCCCCUUGAUGUUCUUGCUUCUAUGGCUGAUGCAAACGGACAAAUUUCUGCAGCAAUUAUGGAGCGCCUUACGGCAGCUGCUGCAGCGGAACCUUAUGAAUCUGUUCGAUGUGCAUUUGUAUCUUAUGGUAGCUGUGCUUUAGAUCUAUUGGAGGGUUGGAAGUACAGGAGUAGGUUGUGGUAUGGUGUUGGCCUUCCCUCAAAAGCAACAGCUUUUGGUGGUGGAGGAAGUGGCUGGGAAUCUUGGAAUGCUGUUCUGGAAAAAGACUCAAAUGGAAACUGGAUUGAACUUCCAUUAAUGAAGAAAUCCAUAGCGAUGCUUCAAGCACUUCUGUUGGAUGAAUCUGGAAUUGGCGGUGGUCUCGGUAUUGGUGGUGGAUCUGGAACUGGAAUGGGAGGAAUGACAGCACUUUACCAGUUGUUGGACAGUGAUCAGCCAUUUUUAUGCAUGCUCCGGAUGGUUCUUGCAGCAAUGAGGGAGGAUGACAACGGUGAAGAUGACAUAUUUAUGAGGAACAUUAGCAUUAAGGACGGCAUUUCUGAAGGAUUAAUUUAUCGUAGUGGGAACCUCAUGCCAUUUGAUAGUAGCAAUCGUUUGCCAGCAAGGAAACCCCGCUCAGCACUUCUUUGGAGUGUACUUGCACCAAUACUGAACAUGCCAAUAUCUGAAUCCAAGAGACAGAGGGUUUUGGUUGCAUCUUGCAUUUUGUUUUCAGAGGUCUGGAAUGCCAUUGGAAGGGAUAGAAAACCUGUCAGAAAACAGUACGUCGAAGCCAUUUUGCCACCUUUUGUUGCUAUUCUCAGGCGUUGGCGACCACUUUUGGCUGGUAUACAUGAAUUUACUUCCUCGGAUGGUCAAAAUCCCCUCAUUGUCGAUGAUCGGGCUUUGGCUGCUGAUGCACUGCCUCUUGAGGCUGCUGUUUCAAUGAUGUCACCUGGUUGGGCUGCUGCUUUUGCAUCACCUCCUGCUGCAAUGGCACUAGCAAUGAUUGCUGCUGGUGCUGCUGGUGGGGAAGUUGUUGUAACACCUAUUAAAAAUACACCGCUUAGGCGUGAUACGUCCCUAUUUGAGCGAAGGCAAACUAGACUACAUACCUUUUCAAGCUUUCAAAAGCCUCCUGAAACAGCAAACAAGUCUCCACCUGUCCCAAAAGACAAAGCAGCUGCAAAAGCUGCUGCUUUGGCUGCUGCACGUGAUCUCGAACGAAAUGCUAAGAUAGGUUCUGGAAGAGGUCUUUGUGCUGUAGCAAUGGCUACUUCAGCACAAAGGAGAAGUCAAAGUGAUUCUGAGCGUGCCAAGCGAUGGAAUAUUUCUGAAGCCAUGGGUGCUGCUUGGAAUGAAUGCCUUCAAUCAGUUGAUUCAAAAACAGUUUCAGGGAGAGACUUCUCUGCACUCUCAUAUAAAUAUGUUGCAGUGCUUGUAGGAAGUUUUGCUUUAGCAAGAAACAUGCAGCGGGGUGAGAUGGAUAGGCGACUACAAGUUGAGAUAUUGGAUAAGCACCACUUAUCCAUUGGUAAUCGGGCAUGGAGAAAACUUCUUCACCGUUUGAUAGAGAUGAGUGGACUUUUUGGACCUUUUGGAGACUCCCUAUGUAACCCUAAGCAUGUCUUUUGGAAGUUGGAUUUCACAGAAAGUUCUUCUAGGAUGAGACAAUACUUGAAAAGAGACUAUAAUGGUUCUGACCAUCUAGGUGCAGCUGCUGAUUAUGAAGAUCGAUUGCAAAUCAAACUUGGUGAAGAAUCAAAUGUACAUGAAGAAAAUAAUCAAGAUGCUUCACUAAGUAAAAACUUCGCUUCCAAUGCUUCCAUGAUAAUGGCAGAGGCAAUAUCUUUGGAAGAAAGAAAUGAGGAUGAUGAGCAAAUGGAUACUGCAAUUAGUGAGAGCAAUAACAAUAAUCAACAGAAAGAAUCUUUCACUACUGAAAAGGGUUCAAUAGAUCCUAGAAGUUCUGGAACUUCUAAUGAUCAUAGUUUGGUUCAGUCCACUUUUGUGGAUUCCCCUGGUUAUGUGCCUAGUGAAUCUGAUGAAAGAAUUAUUGCUGAACUUCCAUCGCUAAUGGUUCGGCCACUAAAGGUUGUGCGAGGAACCUUCCAGGUAACGACCAAGAGAAUUAAUUUCAUUAUAGAUGAACGAACCAGUGAUGCUUCCUUAGAGGAUGGGGUGGGUGCUUCUAGUCAAUGUAAUGAGCAGGAGAAGGAUCGAAGCUGGUUGAUCUCAUCUAUUCAUCAAAUGUUUAGCAGAAGAUAUCUUCUUAGAAGGAGUGCUUUAGAACUGUUCAUGGUUGAUCGUUCAAACUUUUUUUUUGAUUUUAUGAGUACUGAAGGGCGCAAAAAUGCUUAUCGUGCAAUCGUUCAAUCUCGUCCUCCUCAUUUAAACAACGUCUAUCUUGCUACACAAAGGCCUGAACAAAUUCUUAAAAGAACUCAGCUCACGGAACGUUGGGCACGCUGGGAGAUUAGCAAUUUUGAGUAUCUAAUGGAACUAAACACCCUGGCUGGGCGGAGUUACAAUGACAUCACACAGUAUCCUGUUUUCCCCUGGAUUCUAGCAGAUUAUUCUUCUAAGACACUGGAUCUUGAGGAUCCUGCAACAUACAGAGAUCUUUCAAAGCCUGUUGGAGCGUUAAAUCCUGAAAGACUAAAGAAGUUCCAAGAGAGGUACUCCAGUUUUGAUGAUCCUGUCAUCCCCAAAUUCCACUAUGGCUCUCAUUAUUCUAGUGCGGGAACGGUUUUGUAUUACCUUGUUAGAGUGGAGCCAUUUACCACUCUUUCUAUUCAACUACAAGGUGGCAAAUUUGACCAUGCUGAUCGUAUGUUUUCUGAUAUUAGUGGUACUUGGGAUGGUGUACUUGAAGAUAUGAGUGAUGUGAAAGAGUUGGUUCCAGAAAUGUUUUACCUCCCUGAGGUACUAGUCAAUGUGAAUUCCAUUGAUUUUGGUACAACUCAACUUGGAGGAAAAUUGGAUUCUGUGAAAUUACCUCCUUGGGCUGAUAGCCCUGUUGAUUUCAUCCAUAAGCAUCAUAUGGCUCUUGAAAGUGAGCAUGUAUCUUCUCACUUACAUGAGUGGAUUGACCUCAUUUUUGGAUACAAGCAGCGUGGUAAUGAAGCUGUGGAAGCAAAUAAUGUUUUUUUCUAUAUUACAUACGAAGGGACAAUUGAUAUCGACAAAAUCGAAGACCCAGUACAAAGACGUGCUACCCAAGACCAGAUUGCAUAUUUUGGGCAAACACCAUCUCAAUUGUUGACCGUUCCACAUUUAAAGAAAAGACCCUUGGCUGAUGUUCUACACCUACAGACCAUAUAUCGCAAUCCAAAUGGGAUUAGACCUUAUGCAGUUCCAAAUCCAGAUCGCUGUAAUGUUCCUGCCGGUGCAAUUUUUGCAUCACCUGACUCUGUAGUAGUUGUGGAUACAAAUGCACCUGCAGCAUAUGUGGCACUGCACAAAUGGCAACCAAAUACUCCCGAUGGCCAUGGAACACCUUUCCUGUUUCAACACGGUAAGGCUGCUGCUAGUUCAACUGGUGGUGCGCUCAUGCGCAUGUUCAAAGGACCUGGUCCAUCUGGUACAGAUGACUGGCAAUAUCCUCGGGCUUUAGCUUUUCCAGCAUCUGGAGUGCAAAGCUCAGCAAUUGUUGCAAUCACAUGUGACAAAGAGAUCAUCACCGGUGGGCAUUCUGAUAACUCCAUCAAGUUGAUCUCCUCUGAUGGGGCCAAAACGAUUGAAACUGCUGCUGGGCAUUGUGCACCUGUGACCUGUCUUUCCCUUUCAAAUGACAGCAACUAUCUUGUCACGGGUUCUCGAGACACAACUGUUAUAAUUUGGAGAAUACACCGUGUUUCUCCUUCAAAUGCAAAGAAUGUAUCAGAAUCUACCCCAACAGCAAUUAGUCCUGCAGGUGGUAGCGAUCCAAAUAGUACUCUAGACACUAGCAGAAGGCAUCGGAUUGAAGGCCCCAUGCAUGUAUUAAGAGGUCAUCUUGGAGAGAUAAUCUCCUGUUCUGUUUGUUCUGACCUAGGUGCUGUUGCUUCCUGCUCAAAUGCUUCCGGCGUUAUCCUACAUUCUUUGAGGAGAGGUCGAUUGAUAAAGAAGCUAGAUAUUAAGGAGGCACAUAUUGUCUGCCUCUCAUCUCAAGGAGUUCUAUUAAUUUGGAAUAAGAUCAAGAAAAGUCUAUCCACCUUUACAGUCAAUGGGAUACCGAUUGCUACAACAGUUAUAUCACCUUUCUCUGGCAGAAUCAGUUGCAUUCAGAUUUCUGCUGAUGGGGAAAAUGCUUUAAUUGGGACAUCAUCUUGUACAAAUGAUACUACUAAAGAUGACAUUGUCGCAGAAAAUAACAAUAUGGAGUUAGACAGAAAUGACGUUUCUAAUGAAAACACAGAGGACAGAAUAGCAGUUCCUGUUCCUUCAAUUGCUUUCCUAAAUUUGCAUACCCUGAAGGUUUUUCAUACUUUGGUUUUGGAACGAAGUCAAGACAUCACUUGCAUAGGUCUGAACAAGGAUAGCACCAACCUUUUAGUAUCAACAGCAGAUAAACAGCUGAUAGUUUUCACAGACCCUGCUUUGAGCUUGAAGGUAGUGGAUCACAUGCUUCGGCUUGGUUGGGAAGGUGAUGGUCUGCUUCAAUCAUGAGCGGUUGAUUCUUUUCGACGCAUGAUUCUUGACCUCUGGUGGCUUUCGGCCAGCCAUCGACCAACCAUAUGUGUUGUGAAACACAUUGUGCAAAUAGUAGGAUAGCAGAAUAUUGAAACAUUGUGCAGAAGAGAGGAUGCAGAGUUGUCUAUUUUUCUUCAUUCUGUAUAUGAUCUUAUUGUUUUAUAGAUGAAAUCAGUUUUGAGGUUUUUCUCCUCUUUA